CGCUCUUUUACGUGUGUUCCCCACAUUCUUCAACGUAAACAAGUAAACAAACCACCGACCGACCUAGCAUCCGCGCGGCCCUUGACUACUACCUCGACUGCCGCCGUCACUAUCAUUUCUUCUCUGAAGAAUACUUGUAAAUUUCCUAGUGCCCAUCGUGUGGGCUCUUGCGCAAGAUGUUUUCGUGGAUUACUGGGCCUCGCAUGACAAAUGCGAUUGAGGAGCUCGAGGCUGAUGUCGGCUACGAAAACACCAUUGUUGACCCCCCUGAGACGCCUGCCCACCAGUUCGCCGUCAAAGCUUUCAAACAUGCCAUUUUUGGGACUCCAGCACCUGAAGACAUGGCUGCGACAAGGAAGCUUCAGAAGAAACAGCUCCCGGAUACGUUGAAAACAAAAGCUCCAGAGAUGCUUCCACCGAAAGACACUACUGCGCCAUCUUCACCGUCCAAGCAACCUGCCGGCAUCAUGAAGACCCCAGUGACUGCCAAUAAAACGCGGAAAUCGGUCACCUUCAAUGCCCAUGUGGUGGACAACGAGGGGAAGAAAGAGAAAGGCAGUAAGAGUGGCAUACCGGAUGACUGCCCUGGAAAGUUUCCUAGCCCGUGGACGCCGGGAACGGAGCUCAAAACUGGGUUGAAUAGCGAACAAAAGCCGCGAACAAAGUUGAUGGAGGCGCUACACGAUGCGCGGACCACCACACAGCAGAAGUCAGGACAGAAGCAAAAGGCGCGAGAUGAUAGUGACAUCACCGUUGAUAUGGGCGCCCCUCGGUCGAGCUCAGGCAAGUACUGGAAAGAGCAGUACGAGAGAUAUGCAGAGCAAAGUGAGAAGGAGGUGAAGAAGCUAGUUUCAAAGCAACAGCUUGCCAAAAAUUUCGCAAAGAAGAAAGACGACGAGGUUGUUGAGUUGGUUAAAAGGAUCGAGGAAGAGCGCAAGCGCCAUAGGCGACGUGAGCAAGAGUUGGAGCAGCAGAACAAGGAUCAACGUGAGCAUUUGCGGCAGGUGAUGGCCGAGAAUCAUUCUACAAGCAUGGAAAUUAUGGCUUUGAAGAAUCGCAUCAAGGUGUUAGAAAAAUCUUCGAAUUCUGCAUCUCAAGAGGGCAAAACAGACAUUCCUGUCUAUGAAGAUGGAAGCAAGGAUCCACCAACUUCUCAGUAUGAGUACGAUCCUCAACUUGAGAUGUCAUACCUGUCUACAAAGUCUCACCCACGCGGGAUUGGAAAGGAAAACUCUCCACCAAAGUCACGCCAUACCCGUCGUCAAACAGUACCUGAUGCUCGAUCCGCAACACCAUUUACCGCCAAUACUAGGCUAGGUGUUGGUGAUGGGCAAGUUUCUACUUUAAUCGGAAAGUCCCCAAGACCACGAAGAGCUUCACAUUCGACCACGAAACCAUCCGACACGGCAUCUACAGCAAAACGGAGCUCUGAACCCUUCACAAGCGCGUCAAACGUGAACUCUACCACCGAGAAGGCAACACGAGGGUACGAUUUAGCUUCGCAUUCAAGUCCACUACCACAACCGUCACCCGGGCCAGAUCUUUGGUUGAUGGACAAUGAUGAGAGCAACUAUGGAGCACACGAUAAAAUGGCAAUUCCCAUCUCGAUUGGCUCUUCACAUCCCAACCCUACCGAGUCUCGUCGCCUCGCUGCUCGACGUCAAAUGCCACAUGCUAAAGUUGAUCGCUCAAAACCAGCUCUUCAUUCUGAGAAGUCUCUGCCUACCAAUGUACAGCCAAGGCAUUCCCAGGUGGACCAUAAGAGCAACAUGCCAUUCACUAUGAAUGGCAGGGACAGGAUAUUGGAGUCUGCGGAAGUGCGCACAGAAACAACGAAUAGAGCAAACCAUCACACGGAAAUCUCUUCACAGGCGUUGAAAAACAAAGAUGAUCAGGCUCGAGAUAGGAAAGAACAGGCUCGACAGCGUCUAGCUGAGAGGAAAAAAAGAAAAUCAACACUUGUCUGA